AUGGUUCGCGGAGCUUGCGAGGCGCCUGGCGGAUUCUGCAAACCAAGCACCGAGCCUCCAGCUGAGCUCCAGGAUAUCCCCGACACCCAGCAACUCGUACAACCCGAGUCAAAAGUGUCGAUGCAGUCCAAACCCGCAGCUGCCCCGGCCAAAAUCCUCUUCCUCGACGGUGUUCGCGGACUGGCAGCGAUUCUUGUCGUGAGUCAGCACUCUCGGGAAUACCUGCACGAUCUGGAUCUUGGCGCCUGUGCGGUGGACACUUUCUUCGUGUUAUCUUCGUUCCUACUGACCAUGAUCUUCAUGAAGAAGAGCAUCCGGAUGCUCGCCCAGAACGCGAGCUACCGGAAAUGGACCUACAGUCUAGCGGACUAUUUCUCCAAACGCUUUUUCCGAGUCUACCCAUUGUUCGCCUCAGUUGUCUUUGUCGUAUGGCUACUACCGUUCGACAAGCAGAAACAGUACUUUCUCGUCAAAGAACAAGGACAUUUUGACUUGUUCAAGGUGCUGACGUUCAGCUUCCCUCACCGCUACUUCGUCUUCUGGACGUUGCCAUUGGAGAUCUCGUACUACUUUUGUCUACCUGUCUUCGUGCUGGGUGUCCUCAAUCUACGUCGUUUGUGGUGGGUUCCUUUCGCUCCACUUUAUAUGUGGAUCCUAUACGCUGGCUGGCACGACCGCAGAUCGAGUCACUCGCCUUUGAUGCCUCACUUGCCGACAUUUCUAGCUGGUUCCAUGGCUGCAGCUCUGUUCGUUAAACUCGACAUGUGGAUGAAAGCCACAGGAUUUGAGUUCAACAAGCUCCACACGGUUGCUAUCCGAGCUGUCGAGUACGCUGCAGUCGCGUUGAUCCUUAGUGUCUGCUUUCGGAGAAACUCGCAUCCCGGUCAGCCAGUCGAGCCGACGAUGUUCUUCCACUGGGUGCACAAGCCCGAGCACGACGAAGGAGGCUUCCCGUUUAUCAGCGUUCCCGUUACGUUGGUCAUUGUGAUCGAGAUGCUGCUGCCUUCUUGCGUCUCUGCGAUGUUCGAGUGGAGCGUGCUGCGAUACUGGGGCAAGAUCAGCUUCUCCGUGUAUCUGCUGCACAGCUUCGUAGUCUUCAGCGACAUCUACGGCAAAGAUCCGAGUUUGUACUACGAUCGGCUGUUCACGCGUUUUGGUCUCAUCCUCAUACUAUGCACGGCGUCUUACCACCUGAUUGAAUACCCGUCGCAAUUGCUAGCCCAGCGUAUCACGCGAGAACUGGCACAACAGGAAGCCAAAGGCCCUGGGAGGCUUACUUUACCGUUCAAAUUCGACGUCAAGCAUCAGCUCUUCCGAGUUCCUAACACAACGCAGAUUGCCUAG